GCAUGACCUGGGGUAACCUUCAUUACCAAACUUUUGAUGGACAAUACUAUCCUUUCCAAGGAAAUUGCACUUAUGUUUUGUUCAAAGAAACCAUCCCAAAAUACAAUAUCAGUGUCCAUGCAAAGAACUAUUAUUGUGAUCCUAUAAAACAUCUUGCUUGCCCUGAGUUUGUGAUUGUGUAUUAUAAAUCCUACACAAUCAAGCUGGAAAGUGACAAAAAUAAAGUGGUCCGUGUCUAUGUUAAUGAUAAAGAGAAGAAGCCAACAUACAUAAUCAGUGAUAUCAUCAUCACCAGUACUGGCAUGAAAGUAACUUUGAACAUUUCUGAAAUCAAUACGGAGAUUACAGUGACAGAUUUAGGUAUCGAAAUCAGACUCCCUUACUCCUACUUCCAUGAUAACACAGAGGGGCAGUGUGGACACUGUGACAAUAACAACACAAAUGACUGCAGACAUCCUAAUGGAACAAGUGGCAAUUCAUGUCAGGAUGUGGCACGAUUUUGGAACGUCUCUAAAGAAUGUGAAUCACGUCCACCUACUCCCUCACCUACUCCGAUACAUCCACCUGAAAACAAACCUGUCUGUGACAUCAUCAAGAGCAGUCUGUUUAACAGAUGCCACACCAUCGUUCCCUAUUUGCACUAUUAUGAGGCAUGUAAAGAUGACGUAUACAGAAUGGGAAAUGAGUCUUAUGCCUGUGCCAGUGUAGAGAGCUAUGCACAGCUAUGUGGCCAACAUUCUAUCUGUGUGGACUGGAGAAACUCACCCGACCUCAACAGGCUAUGUGAAUUCAAGUGUCCCGGUCACAAAAUCUACAAGGCAUGUGGACCUAAAGUGGAAAAAACCUGCAGUACAUCGUAUAAUAAGAUGUAUGCAGAGAAGGAAUCUCUGCAAACGGUAGUGGAGGGAUGCUACUGUCCUAAUGACCAAUACCGGGUUAAUAUGACAUCUGAUAUGUGUACAGCUUACUGUGAUUGCAUUGACCCUGAUGGAUUACCUAAAAAGCCCGGGGACAAAUGGACAGUCGACUGCAACAUGUAUACAUGCGAAAAUGCUGGCUUUUCUUUGAAAGAGCCUGUGAAGUGUCCACCUGAAAAGCCCUGUGCUUACGGAUACGAAAGAGCUGUUAAAAACUGCUGUCCGGCUUGUGUGCCUAAAGAUGUCUGUGUGUACAAUAACACAGAGUACAAGGUUGGAGAAGUCCGCCACUACGCUUGUGAAACUGUUACUUUCCGUCAAGUUAACGGCUCCUUCGUGACUGAGAAGAGCUCUGAGAAGUGCACUUACUCGGGUCAAUUUGACUGUAAACCCGGCUCCGAAUAUGUGAAAAAGACAGGAGACUGCUGUGGAACGUGUGUACUGAAGAACUGUACUUACGUGAGGGACAACACCACAUAUACGAUGCGGGUUGGAGAAGUCCACAACUACAAAUGUGAAAAUGUUACCUGUCAUAAAAUCGACGGCUACCUCGUGACUGAAAAGAGCUCGGAGAAGUGCGCUUACACCAGUUCACGUGACUGUAACCCCUGCUUCAAAUACGUGAAAGAAGAAGGAGAUUGCUGUGGAACGUGUAAACAAUCGUGCUGUAUUUACAAUGCUCCGGACAACACCAGACAUACUCUCCAGGUUCAAGAGGCGUACAAGUACAAAUGUACAACCGCUACCUGCAGUCGAGUUAAUGGCUCGUUUACGAUUGUGGAGCGCAUUAAAAAAUGCCCUUACUUUAAUCCAGAUAACUGUGUGCCUUCUUUAAAGAAAAAAUUUGACGAAGAUGGAUGUUGCGAGAUCUGUGAUCCCAAGAUCUGUAUGCCUCACCAGAACAUCACCCGUCUGGAUCUGAAAGGUUGUACUUCCGUCGAGGAUGCAGAAGUCAAAUCCUGCACUGGGUCAUGUGACUGUGUAAAUCGAUGUGUGCGAUGUACUUAAACGAUUUGAUGUACAGCUCUCCCUGCUGCCCUUCAUCUGGUGAUCUUUCAGAAUUACAAGUACAUAGAGAACUGCUCAUGCACUCAAAUGAAGUUUAAAGAUAGGAAUGAAAUAAGAAUAGAUCCUAAUUGCCUGCUGAUUUGAACCUCACUCUAAUCUGACAUAUUUCUGUACUAUUUCUAAAUAUAUAUCAAAUAAUGACAAUUAUUUAAGAUGAUUGUUACUGUAAUGGCUAAAGCUGUUUUGGCAAAUAUUGCACCAUUUUUUUUCUCCUGGGGUAUGGUUAACUCUAGUCUGUUUUCUUAUGUCUCAUACGGGAUUCCUGGGCAUUUUUCUUCUUUUAAAUGUUACACUCUUUGUUAAUGCAUGGCAUAGCGACGCACUUUUCCCUAAUGAAUCAAAUUACAAUCACAAUAAAGCAUAAUAAAAAGCAGCAAUUACAGUCUCCUGCAUUUUUUAGAGAAGUGCACUGAAAUAAUCCGAUUCAA